AAAUUUCUAUAACUCUAUUCCACGUGCACACUGCUACACUCUCUUUCUUGAUUCCAUUCAAUAUUUUUUUGAUUUUUUUCAUUAUCAUCUAAAUUUGCUUUCUCUACCAAUGCAAAAGACUUAAAAUCCUCUUUCUUGGAGGUCUGUUUAACUCUCUGUCUCUCUCUCUAUAUGUGUAUAAUAGUGUAUAUAUACACACACACUCCCUCUUUAUAUAGCUCUUGAUUCAUACCAUCUUGAUUUGGGCUGUCCACCAAUAUCCAUAACUUUAGAUCUUCUUUCUUGAGACAUCAUCAAGAAUAAAGUAUCAUUUAUUAACACAUGGUUGUAAUGACAAAGGUAAUAAGUGUAUAUGUCAUUGUACUGCGUUUCUACUAGCAAAAAUCUCACCUUUUUUGCUUAGCUAGCAAUGCUCAAACCCUAAAUCUCUCUCUCUCUCUCUCUCUCUCUCCAUACCAUGUCAACAACAAGUGAUGAAGAUUCAAUUCUACUCUCUCUUAGUCCUCCAGGCCAAGCACAACACUACUAUCUACACAAACACUCUGAUCGCGAUCACGAUAAUCGUCCUAAAAUCUCAUCACAAUGCCCUUUUUACAAAAACCCUAAUAAAGAUCUUGAUCUUAAUCUUACCCUAGAUACAAGUAUCAGUAAUUGCAAGGAUGAUGUCACAAUGGCUCUUCAUAUAGGUCAACCACCAACUGCAACUUUUGUAGGGGAAGAAGGAACAAGUAGCUUAGCUACAAACCCUAGUAUGAGGGUAGCACCUGAUCAUUUACAGUACUGGAUCCCUACACCAGCACAGAUCAUGGUUGGUCCUACACAGUUCUCUUGCACAGUUUGCAACAAAACAUUCAACCGCUACAACAAUAUGCAGAUGCAUAUGUGGGGGCAUGGAUCACAAUACAGAAAAGGUCCUGAAUCCUUAAGAGGCACAAAGCCAACAUCAACAAUGAUGCGACUACCGUGUUAUUGUUGUGAAGAGGGUUGUAAAAACAACAUAGACCACCCAAGAUCGAAGCCACUCAAAGACUUCAGGACGCUUCAAACGCACUACAAAAGAAAGCACGGCGAGAAGCCUUUCACGUGUCGAAAAUGUGGGAAACCCUUUGCAGUAAGAGGGGAUUGGAGGACUCAUGAAAAGAAUUGUGGGAAGUUAUGGUAUUGUGUUUGUGGGUCAGAUUUUAAGCACAAAAGGUCUCUUAAAGACCAUAUUCACGCCUUUGGAAAUGGUCAUGUACCUCAUUACACUUCUGAAGAUUUGAUCGAUGAUGAUCAUGAAGAUGAUAAUCUAUUUGAUGAAGACAAAACAAGCUUUAGUGGUAAUGGGGGUCAUGAUGGUAGCGCUCUCAUAUGAUUUAAAACAGAAGUGGUGAUUAGUGACCAUUUAGUUCCAAAACUUUUUGACGCACACAUGUGUUCAUCCAUUAUAUGAUAUCACUGAGAAUGCAUGCUUGAACAGUUUUGGAAAGUUUUUGUAUGGACUCAUUUGUUUCAAGUUAAAGAAGACUAGAUUCUCACCA